AUAAUAACAUGGUUGCGUUACGGUUAUGCAACGGUCAUACAUUUAAAACUAAACAAAAACAACCUUGACUAUCAGGUUGAAACGAGACACGAUCCGCAGUCUGUCGUGAUUAAGUUCAGGAUUUAGGAUUUAGUACCCAGCACAAACACCUCCCCUCGCGUUAAUACAUAAUAAUGGAGGCUUGUGUGAGUCUUGGCGCAAGCCCUGACUCGACGACACCCCGGAAUGAGGACCGGGCGGCGGCGUUGCGAUUCGUGGCCGAGAGUGUGCUGAGCGAGAGGAAGGAGAAGGAGGAGCAGGAGGAUAUCUGCUUCAACAUCCUCUCCUCCUUUAUCAACAGCCUGGACGACCGACAGUGGGAGACCAUACGGGACCGGAUGAGAGAACCACUGACACAAGCUCACCUGGCCCAGGUGUCUACGAGGAUCAUCGGGGUGGUGUCCGAGCUGGUGUUCCAGGUGCUGGUCCCUGCCCUGACUGUCAAUCUGCAGACCCAUGAUUCUACGAUGGCUUCACCUAGCAAAUCCAGCAAAGAGGAGGAGACUCCGUGCAAACACAGAAGGUCACCCCCUAUUAUGCCAGCCAGUAGCAUGCUGGGAGAAAUACCGCAGCAGGUGGACCAGGACCAUGAGCAGGCAGCAGAUGUCAAGUCUGCCUCAAAAAAGUCUGUGAGCUUUGUUGACGAGGCCCUCUUUGAGUCUGCAACGUGGCAAGACAUUGAAAGCUUUUUGGAUCCAGCAACAGGGGAGGUGAUGUCAGCUAUCGUUCAAAGCUUGGACACCUGUCCAGAGCUGACAGAAGGCCCUGUUAGCAGGAUCCUGAAACAAAUCGCCCUGAAAAUCCAACUGUUAAAACGGAGCUCUACCAGCAGAGGAAAAGAAACCUAUUCAAAUAGCCAAAAAGACAAAAUACCCCAGGAGAUAAAUUCCGAAGCCCGAGACGGGUCGCCUCGUCAGGACAUGGUCAUAACUUACCCAAUGACUGUGUCCCCUGAGGAGGUUGUCAGAGACCUUUCAUGCAGCAGGUUCCGAGCCAUCUGCCUGCGUAUACUGAAGGGAUUCCUCAUGAGGUCAAUGCUCAUGUUUUCCUCGUUUUGUUUCAAGGGAAAGGCCAUCACUAAUGAGCCCAACGUGGACUCUGUGGCAUCAGAUAUGUUGGACACUGUGUUAGACAGCGUCAAACAAUUGUCGGAGCCACAGCCAAGGAAAUGGACCUUCCCAUGGCACCGGUCUGAAAACACCACCGUGUCUGAGAAACGUUUUGUCUACACAGCCGUGAAGCUUAAAACCAGUUUGGAGGAGACAAUGCGAAAGUUUUAUAACUCCUACAAAGAGUUGUCAGACAAACUAAGGGAGGAGGAAAAGGAAGAGGCAAGAAGGGUUUUGUCUGAUCUUCUUUCCAACAGAAGUGAUGACAAAGCUGAGAGCUCAGAGCUUCAGAGCUUCCAAAGCACAGCGACUGAGUCCGUGGUCAACAGCAUGGCAGACGUGGUGAAAUGUUUCCUGGAUGAAACGGAGCAGUUGUUGAAACAAGACGACAGCAGCGUCCUGGGUGACAACACAGCACUGACCGGGCUGGAAAAGCUGAUCAGCCAGGACAAGCUGUUCACCUUCUCUAAGAUGCUGGCAGACAAGCUCGCUUGCAUGUUUAACGAACAGGCACAGAGUGCUCCUAGGCUGCUGGCUUCCGGCAGAAAGGCGUGGUCCGAUUCAGAACUCAGCCAGCCGACGAGACGGUCUGUUGGUGUCAUCAUGCCCACUGAGCAGGUGUACGUAUUUGUUGAGGAAGCGGUAAAGCGCCUGAUGACAUCGCUCAUCUUCCCUCCGCCAUCCUGGGGGAUGGGUACAAUGAUCAAGGUCCAAAGCGGCACUUCAGCUACCCCUGACUGGGAAGAGUCGACAAAGAAGUAUGAGGCCUCCAUCCAAGCCUACUGUACGCUGAUCGCCCAGCAGGUGAUACAAAUCCUCGGCAGGGUGAAUGCUUCCUCCAAGCUCCAGCAGGAAGUCAUUGAGCCAAAGAAGAAGAAGAACAUCAUCCAUUUCCUCAAGGAACUUUCUAACAACAUCAUGAGGAAUUGUACGACUCGGACCAACAAGGAGGCCUAAGACGUCCAGCUGGCUAAAGAGGACAGACAAGUCAUUUUAACAUGUACUGUAUUACUAAAGAUCUCACCCUGAAGCCCUACCUUUCCUCAACUUCCAACCCACUCAUUCCAUCCUUCCUCAUCCGCCAACAUGUUAAAAUGACUUGCCAACUAUACCCCAUUCACUUCAGCUGGCCCUAAGUCUUAUGAAAUAGAACCUUCAUAUUAA